AUGGCUUAUCCGUACCCAGUUUUCAAUGCUGAAAAUGUCUUUGACAAUACCCAGCAACAAGUUGGAUUCUAUGAUUAUUCAACUCCAUUCAAUGGUACAUACUCCUUCACUACUGACUAUUCUUAUUAUAAUAACUACUAUGACUAUGUCAAUACUUAUGCUUCUUAUUAUCCAACUGCAAUGGAUUCUUCAUCUUUAAAUAUUUCACCAACUACUGGAAGUCCUAAUUCUUCCCAUUUCACCACGUUUACUCAUUUUUCUACUCCAUCUACAUCUCCAUCUACCUCUACUCAAAGUUCAACUCCACCGAGCAAUUCUGAUAAUAAGAAGUCAUUUCAAUGCUCAAAUUGUUCAGUAACUGAAACAAUUCGUUGGAGGAAUAUUCGAUCAAAGGAAGGAAUUCAAUGUAAUGCUUGUUUUAUUUAUCAACGGAAAUAUAAUGAGACUCGUCCAGUCACUGCCGUUAACAAAUAUCAAAAAAGAAAAUUAAAGGUACAGGAAACGAAUGGUGUAGAUUCUUCUUAA